AUGGCGGAGCCGGAGCCGGGCCCCGAGCCCGACCCGGAGCUGGAGCAGCUGCUGGAGAGUGCCCUGGAUGACUUCGAGAGGGCCAAGCCUGCCCCCGCGCCCCCCCCGGCGCCGCCGCCCGCCGCCGCCCAGCCCUCGCCCGGCGACGCUGCCAAGGGCUCUCUCUUCGCCUCGCAGGAGAGGUUCUUCCAGGAGCUGUUCGAGGGGGAGUUGGCAUCGCAGGCGGCGGCGGAGUUCGAGCAGGCGAUGCAGGAGCUGGCGCGGGAGGAGCCCCACCUGGUGCAGCAGUUCCAGCGGCUCUCCGAGGCUGCUGGCAGAGUGGGCAGCGACGCAGCCUCGCAGCAGGAGUUCACCUCCUGCCUGAAGGAGACCCUGAGCGGCCUGGCCAAGAAUGCCAACGACCUGCAGAGCUCUUCGGCCUCGGAGGAGGAGUUGGCGAAGGCCCUGGAGGGGCUGGGGCUGGAGGAGGGCGAGGGCAGCGUGGUGCCAGUGGUGCGUGGCAUCAUGCAGAGCCUGCUCUCCAAGGACCUGCUCUACCCCUCCCUCAAGGAGAUCACCGACAAGUACCCGGAGUGGCUGCGGGCGCACGGCGCGGCGCUGCCGGGCGAGCAGCUGGCACGGUACCAGGCGCAGCACCGCGUGAUGGGCAGCAUCUGCCAGCAGCUGGAGGCCGAGCGGCCUGGCGAGGGCGAGGAGCAGCGGCGGGCACGCUUCGAGGCGCUGCUCGACCUCAUGCAGCAGCUGCAGGACCUGGGCCACCCCCCGAAGGAGCUGGCCGGGGACUCGCCUCCUGGCUUCAACCUGGAGGUGCCAGGCCCGGGAGGGGAGCAGUGCCAGCUGAUGUAGAGGGCACCCCCUGGCCGUGCCAGCCGGGCCCCCCCCCGGCC